AUGAACAACGACAAAGGAAAAGCUGUGUGGAAUUCAACCUUGACAGAAAUUUUCAUUAAGGAAUGCUUGGAGCAAGUGUACAAGAAACAAAGGAAGGGAACUACUUUCAACAAAAAUGGGUGGCAGGCAACAAUUGAGGGGUUUGAGGCAAAAACAGGAAAAAGGUAUGAGCAAAAGCAAUUGAAAAAUAAGCUAGAUAACAUGAGGAAAGAAUGGAACGAAAAUCCCCUUUAUGGAAAAUUUAGAUAUAAAGAGGAUGAUGAUGAUGAGGAUGUGUACCACCCUACUAUUGACCUUCGAGAAGGCUCCGGUGAUAAUGAAGAGGAGCUAAAUUUAUCUGACACUACAGCACCUACGGGAGUCACCGAUGAGCUGUUGGGCUUGAAUGUGACCACAAAUACUGGUGGAACCAAUGGUGAUGAAAGUCAAGGCAAGAGAAAGAGGAUUGUAGGCAUUAGUGGGAGGAAAAAGCAAAAAGUCCCUGCCUCAAUGAAAAUAGCAGAUGCGAUGAGUGAAAUGGCUAAGGAUAAUAGAGCAAGAACAGAGACAGUGAACAAGAUUUUAGCAAAUGACAUAGGAGUUUCUGAAGUUGUGGCUCACCUAAAUGGACUCUCAGAAGUUUUUGGUGAUAAAAAUUUGCAUUGGAGAUGUGUCAAUCUUGUUCUGUACAAGCCUAUGCGAGAUGCUUACUGGCAACUUAAAGAUCAUCCUGAUCACUUGGUCAAUUGGUUGAAGCACCAAGUUUACCAUCUACCAGAUUGGAUUUCAAAAAAUACAUCUACAUGA